AUGGGUGUACUCGCAGUCGCUGGUGGAACUGGUGAUGUUGGGAGGACUAUCGUGGAUCAAUUGAUUAUCUCGGGCAAGCACAAGGUCGUGGUACUUUGCAGAAAGGUCUCAGCCGCUCCUAACCCUGACGGUCCCGAGUGUUUGGCAGUCAACUACGACGAGAUCGAAGAAACAGCCAAGGCCCUGCAGAGCUACAGUGUUGAUACCAUCAUCUCAGCUGUGAACGCCGACGGCCCGGGCCACCAGGCGCAGCUCAAUCUGAUUGCAGCGGCUGAGAAGUCUUCUACAGUAAAGAGAUUCAUUCCCAGCGAGUAUGCGGGUUAUGCGCUGGAAAAGUCUGGCCUCAAGUAUACUCGCUUUGCGAUCGGGGUCUUCAUGGACUAUUUCGGGCAGCCUUAUAUCCCUAGUCACCUCCGCCCUUUUAAGUGGGCGCUUGACAUUGAAUCGCGCCGCGCAGCCAUCCCAGGAACAGGUAACGAGGUUUUGAGUAUGACGUACUCGAAAGACGUUGCUCGGUUUGUUGAUCGUCUUGUCGACGAAGACGAAUGGCCAGAGGUCAGCAUUGUCAGCGGCUCUGACACCACGCUCAACGAAAUGGUGGCGAUUGCAGAGAGGGUCACCGGUGACAAGUUCAACGUUACCUACGACAGUUUGGAAGAGCUUAAAGCAGGCAAAGCUACCGUGGUUUCCAAAAGUGAUGGGUCUUACAAUGGAAUAGAUCCCGUGAUGAUCGCUGCCAUAGUUGGGACGUCUCUGGCCGAGGGAAAGGCGAUGUUGCCGAAAGAUGGUCGGCUGGCGUUCCCGGAUAUCCAGCCGAUGAGCGUCGAGGAAUUGAUCACUCAGGCUUGGUCGAAGAACUAG